AUGGUAAGACUUGAACCACCCAGUCAAAUUGAUCAUGGGGAAGAUUUGCAAUACUACUCACGUUUCAUUUCCAUUCCCACUUCCUACAAACUUCCUACUCUCAUUCUAUACUUUCUUCCUAAUCUCUUCUUCUACUCUCCUUCUACUCACUUCCUACCCUCUCUACUAUCUUCUUACUCUCUUUCUUUACUCUCUUCCUUCUCUCUUUCUCUACACUGUUUCUACUCUCUUUCUAUACAAUGGCCUUACUCUCUUUCUCUAUUCUCUCUAUGCUGUUCUUAUUGCUGCACUUCAUACCCUCUCUUGACUAUCUUCUUACUCUCUUUCUCUACUCUCUUCCUUUCUCUCUUUCUCUACACUGUUUCUACUCUCUUCCCUAUCUUACUCUCUUUCUCUACUCUCUUCCCCUUCUCUCUUUCUCUUAUUGCUGUUUCUACUCUGUCUUCAUCCCUUGAAUGCUGUAAUCUCUUUCUCUAUUCUCUCUAUGCUGUUCUUUUAUUGCUCACUUCCCCCUCCUUUACUAUCUUCUUAAUCUCUUUCUCUACUCUCUUCCUUCUCUCUUUCUCUACAUUGUUUCUACACACUCUGUCUAUACAGUGGCCUUUUUCUUUUCUCUAUUCUCUCUACGCUGUUCUUUUAUUUCUCUUUCUACCCUCUUUUCACUAUCUUCUUUACUCUCUUUCUCUACUCUCUUCCUCCUCUCUUUCUCUUUCACCUGUUUCUUUUUCUGUCCCUUUGAAUGGCCUUUAUUCUCUUUCUACUGCAUUCUUUUCUCCCCUGCUGUUCUUAUUGCUCUUUCCACAAUAUUUUCCCUCUCUACUUUUAGUGCUUCUUCACUCUCUUUCUCUAAUCUCUUCCUUCUACGCUUUCUCCCUUUAA